UUAUUCUUAUCUGUAACAUUAAUUUGAUGAUAGUACUGAGUUAACAGUGCUAUGUUAAGAUUAAAAAUGUUUUUUGUACUUCUUAACUAACUACAAGGUCAUACUAAGGUUAUUCAUUAAACGAUUUUCAUCGGAGAAGAAUUUACGUUGCAACUGCAAGAAAACAAACAAAAUGGCUCGCAAAUUCUGUGUUGGUGGUAACUGGAAGAUGAAUGGUGAUAAGCAAUCCAUUGCUGAAAUUGCCAAGACCUUGACUGGUGCCACUUUGGAUGAUAAUACCGAAAUCGUUUUGGGUUGCCCCUUCAUCUACUUGUCAUAUGCCCGCGAAUUGUUCCCAGCUAAGUUCAACAUUUCUGCCCAGAACUGCUACAAAGUACCCAAAGGUGCUUUCACCGGUGAAAUUUCACCCGCUAUGUUGAAGGAUGUUGGUGCCAACUGGGUAAUUUUGGGCCACUCUGAACGUCGUCAUGUGUUCGGUGAAGCCGAUGAAUUGAUUGCCGAUAAGGCUGCCCAUGCUUUGGCCGAGGGCCUUAAAGUCAUUGCGUGCAUUGGUGAGACUUUGGAAGAACGUGAAGCUGGUAAAACCGAACAAGUUGUUGCCACCCAAAUGGCUGCUUAUGCCAAGACCAUUAAGGACUGGACUAACGUUGUUGUAGCCUAUGAACCCGUAUGGGCUAUUGGUACUGGUAAAACUGCCACUCCCCAACAGGCUCAAGAAGUUCACGCUUACUUGCGCAAAUGGUUGUCCGAAAACAUCUCCAAGGCCGUCUCCGAUUCUCUACGCAUUCAAUACGGUGGCUCUGUCACUGCUGCCAACUGCAAAGAAUUGGCUUCUCAACCCGAUAUUGAUGGUUUCUUGGUAGGCGGUGCCUCCUUGAAACCUGAAUUUGUUGAAAUCAUCAAUGCCAGAAAGUAAAUCGGGACCACAUCGAGUGCUCGAACAUCUAGAGAAGCAGCAUUUUAUACUGCCCUUACAAAAUUGUUUUCUUAACAUCACACAAACAAAAUUUUCAUUAUAAAAUUAUUGCAUUAUUAUACAUAUACAAAAUAAUACUAAUGUUACAAAAAAUUGUUUUAAAUUUAUAAUGUUAAAAUAUGUAUUUUAGGGAAAGCAAUGUAGUUUUUUUUUUAUUAUUUUUAAUGUUUUUAUUUAUUUGUUUGGCUUAAACCAUAAAUUAUUGUAAAUUUUAUAAUUAAAAUAAAAAAGAAUCCAACAAACCACCAAAAACAGGAGAAAAACAACUAUGUUGUUUUUGAAAUAAUUUAUAAUUUUAUUAAUAAAAUGAAAAAUACAUCCCUCUUUUUAGUUGUAUAAACAAAA